AUCUGAUACGGAGUCACCCACCAAUACCUGACUAGGGCGAACCUAGUCUAUUUCAUCUACGUGGUCAUGAAUAUGGAACAACUGGAUAAGAUUGUGACUGAUUUUCAGCUGCCGGAAUCACCUCUCAGAGACAUCAAAAUAACCCAGAGGAGGUUGCCGAAGCCUUUCAAACUUUAAGAUCAAUAUCGGAGGGCAUGGAGAGCAAACUCCUCGAGAAGGAGAAGGAGCUGGAAGAAGCUGCCAUGACCAGUCAACAGGAGAAAGUGGAGGAAGAUCACCUGCAGGAAGAGGAGAACCAUCGGGAGGAGCAAGAAGAGGUGGAACACCAUAUAGAGGAACAAGAGGAGCAAAAGAAGGAAAAAGACGAAGAUGUUCCUGCUGAAAAGAAAGAGGAUGUGGAAGUAUUGGAGAAAGAUGUUCCUCCUGAACAGCAAGAAGAGGGGAUGGAACUGGAGGAACAAGAGGAGCAAAAGCAGGAACAAGGGGAAGAUGUUCCUGCUGAAAAGCAAGAAGAGGCAGAAGAACUGGAGAAAGAUGUUCCUGCUGAAAAGCAAGAAGAGGUGGAAGAAUUGGAGAAAAAUGAUCCUUCCGAAAAGAAAGAAGAGGUGGAAGAACUGAAGAAAGAUGUUCCUCUUGAACAGCAAGAAGAGGUGAUAGAACUGGAGGAACAAGAGGAGCAAAAGCAGGAACAAAAACAGCAGCAGCCAAUCCGGAGAAGAAGGGUUGCAAUCAGGCUCCAGAGGAUCUGGCGUUCCACCAAGAAGUUCUUCAGAGGGAUAAAUUGUCAUCGACCCACUCCUGCGCCGUGAAUACCUUACACCCACACUGGAACCCACACAAGCAUUCACACAUACACUUACAUAUGCACCCUCCCUUCCACACAGACAUAUUAAAAUCAUUCAGUAUUAAAAAUAAACAUUAGGUAAAUAAAUAGGAUGUGCAAAAUAAAAAAUGUUUCUUAGUAAG